AUGGGUUGGAAAGAAAGCUCUAUCUAUGCAUGGCAUACGCUACUCAGUCUUAGCUUUUUCACAUCUUUAGCACUGGCUCUUUUGGACACGGAAGCAGCGUCUCAAAAAACCGAUUCAGUUUAUAUUGGAAGACUCAGUGCAGCAUGGAUCGACGCCGAUCACACAGAAGGCUGUGGUGAACGCCUGCUGGGUGUCCUCGAUAACACGAAUCUCACGUUCGGGCCCGUUCACGACAAUACCACCGACCACUCAAAUCCUUAUUUUAUCUCACUAGCAUCACCACAGACCGAAAAUCUUACGGUCACGAUGCAGUCUUCGAUAUCUUCGGAAAAUUUGGGUGCUACAUGGUGGUCUGUAGCAGCAGAGCUUGGCGACGACGAUGAAGAAUACAAAAUAACGGGCACACUGAAAAACACCAAAAAUCUCUCCAAAAAUAAAUUCUCCGGAAACUUUGGGAGUGGGGGGUCUUGGUGCGGGAUUAAGAAGAGUGACUUUGAAUGGGAGUAUCAGGCCUCCAACACUACAUUCUCCGGGACGGUAACAGAGGAUGGAGGCGUAGAGUUUGAGAUUGAAGGUAGCAUGGUAGAUGGAGAUACAGGGCGUACAAUAGCUUACACCAUACAAUUCCACGGGAAAUGGGACUCGGGGACAGCGAAAUUGAAUUUUUCGUCUAAAAAUCCGACAUGGCCUAAGGCCGGUACUGGGGAGAGCGACUCAAGUACGGCAGCUAAAACAUCUGGGAUUCUCGUAGACACUGGUCCGACGCCCACUGGAAUUGCGGAGAAGGAUGAUGAUGAUAAGGAUUUCAUGGAUGAUAUUUCCAAGAAGCUGGGACUUGGGGGUGUUGUGGGGGUAAUAUCAGGUGGAGUAAUAUUGCUUGGUAUUGUCGGGGCGUUGAUAUUUUGCGCCGUGAAUCGGAGGAAAAGACAUCGCGAGGCUGGAAGAGUAUAUCCUGAAGUUGCUUAUAUCUACACACCAUCACCUGAUCUCGAUGGAAGCUAUCCGGGCUCAUAUAGAUCAAACUCGGAGCUGGAUAUGAGGGAAGUCCUGGUGAACGACUAUUCAUUGCCAGUAACCAAUCAACAUCAGUGGAGGCAAUUCUAG